CUGAGGGGGCCAGCGGACACCCGUUCGCAGCCCAUUUCGUUCCGGGUUGCCUUUCAUGUUUGUCCGCGGAACGUCACUGCCCUUUGAGCGGCACAUUAAUGCGUAUUGUACAGCGUUUGGGUUGCCUUCUCGUGGGUUGCAGCGACGCAAUUGCAAUUAUCGUAUUGUAUUUCGAGGGAAUCCGAUAUUUUAUCAGAGCAGGGGAGCCGGUGGUAGUGGUGCUGACCGCGGAGGAGGCUUGCAAAUGCUACGAGGAGGAGCUUCGGGCCGUGCAGCGCUCUAGCUUCAGCGUGCAUCUGGCGCUUGCUGCGGAGCGGUCAAGCUACCCGCAGGUUCGAGAUCAAUCUUUGUUUUUUCUUUUUUUUUCUUUUUUUGAAAAAAUAUCUCCGGAAUGCACAUUCUGUAGACAAUAGAGCUGUUUAGCCCCCCGUGAGUUUGUCUUCCAGGAUGUUGCAGACAGUGUGGUUGUGGGUUGGAUGUAAUUUUAUACUUGCCAUUCUUGUCACACUAGAGAUGGUAAUUUCUUCAUUAGUAAAGAACUCACAAAGUAACAAAACUUCAUUAUCUGGCUCCUUCAUUAGUUCUCGAUUGGGUUUAAAGCUAACUCUCUUAAGAGCUUGAUGCACCUAGGAAUGUACACUCACAAUAGAAGUAGUUUUGUAUCGUGAAAUGUUGUAGUGUUUUUUCAAAAUUGGUCAAUUAUUUCUAAUAUAAGUGUAGCAAUUUUUUUGGGUGGCAAUGCAGUGCUUAGUUCGUAAGUUAAAUUUCUUGUACAUUGAGGCUGGUAAUAGAGUAUUUAUGCCCCUUGUCACUGGGUUUUGCUGUCCGAAAAUAACAUUCUCUGGUUGUGCAGGGAUAAGCAUCUAGCAAAUUGAUGAAGAAAAGAAAGGAAAUACUGAUAAACAGGAAUCAAUUGUGUGACUUUUACACAAAGCCAUCGUGCUGGGGCGUUACAGUGGGCAUGAAUUUAUACGUUUGCGCAAAAUUGUACCUGGAGGUUAAAAUGUUGCACCAGGGAGCUGGAAGAGCGAGAGGUGGCUUGCCUUCACUGCUGCUGGGGCGUAGGUUUGACUUGUGGGCAUCUUUUCCUUGGAGCUUCUCAUCCACCUCUGAUGAUCCUUCUUCUCGUCAAUCUGAAGAGAAUUCGCAGACGAUUGAUGAACUCUGGGAGUACUUUGCGGGUCCUUCUCAGUGGUGGGACAACAGGAUUCAUAAGAGGAAUCCGAGGUCACCUGACUUGAAACAUAAGGUGACAGGGAAAGCGCUUUGGAUAGAUGGUUGUUUUACUCCAGAAUGGGUGAAGUUCCAACCCGUGGCUCAGGUGGGAUUGCAAUCUUAUGCUACAUGUACCACCAAAUGUACUGAAGGCGGUGCACAAGGGAAAAGGCAACCCAAGGGCAACGAUGGAAAAUUAGCCACUGCAUGUGAAAGUGCGAGAGUGUUGGGUCGAAUUGCGCAAGGUGGUAUUAAUAUGCAUGUGCAAACUGCGAAUACCUUGAGUGAAGCGAUUGUGGUUCUGAUGAACCGUCUGCAACGAGGCCUUAUUACAGAUUCUUUUAUGUAUGUUGAAGUUUUGAAGCGGUGCUUGAAGCAAAAAGACCUUAUGGCAGCCAAGCAGGUUCAUGAUUGCAUCAUCAAAAGCAGAAUGGAACAAAACGCACAUGUGAUGAACAACCUCCUGCAUGUGUACAUCGAAUGUGGGAGAUUGCAGGAGGCACGCUGUGUGUUUGAUGCACUUGUGAAAAAGAGUGGUGCUAGUUGGAAUGCCAUGAUCGCAGGUUAUGUGGAGCACAAGCAUGCCGAGGAUGCAAUGAGACUUUUUAGGGAAAUGUGCCACGAAGGUGUGCAGCCAAAUGCGGGUACUUACAUGAUCAUCUUGAAGGCUUGUGCCAGUUUGUCCGCGUUGAAAUGGGGCAAAGAAGUUCAUGCAUGCAUUAGACAUGGUGGGCUUGAAUCAGAUGUGCGGGUGGGGACUGCCCUUCUUAGGAUGUAUGGAAAGUGUGGGUCCAUCAACGAGGCAAGGCGUAUUUUUGAUAACCUGAUGAAUCAUGAUAUCAUCUCCUGGACUGUGAUGAUUGGAGCUUAUGCACAAAGUGGAAAUGGCAAGGAAGCAUAUCGACUUAUGUUACAAAUGGAACAGGAAGGAUUCAAACCAAAUGCAAUCACUUAUGUGAGCAUCUUGAACGCAUGUGCAAGUGAGGGGGCAUUGAAGUGGGUGAAGAGGGUUCACAGGCAUGCCUUGGAUGCAGGGCUUGAGUUGGAUGUGCGUGUGGGCACUGCACUUGUUCAAAUGUACGCAAAGAGUGGUAGCAUUGAUGAUGCACGAGUGGUGUUUGACAGAAUGAAGGUGCGUGAUGUUGUAUCAUGGAAUGUGAUGAUAGGCGCAUUUGCAGAACAUGGGCGUGGGCAUGAAGCAUAUGAUCUGUUUCUUCAGAUGCAGACAGAGGGCUGUAAGCCAGAUGCAAUCAUGUUUUUGAGCAUCUUGAAUGCAUGUGCAAGUGCAGGGGCAUUGGAGUGGGUGAAGAAGAUUCACAGGCAUGCCUUGGAUUCAGGGCUUGAGGUUGAUGUGCGUGUGGGCACUGCACUUGUUCACAUGUACUCAAAGAGUGGUAGCAUUGAUGAUGCGCGAGUGGUGUUUGACAGAAUGAAGGUGCGCAAUGUUGUAUCAUGGAAUGCGAUGAUUUCUGGCUUGGCACAACAUGGUCUUGGGCAGGACGCUUUGGAGGUUUUUAGACGAAUGACUGCACACGGUGUGAAGCCUGAUAGGGUCACAUUUGUAGCAGUUCUGUCAGCAUGCAGUCAUGCAGGCCUUGUUGAUGAAGGUCGUUCCCAGUAUUUGGCUAUGACACAAGUUUAUGGCAUUGAACCCGAUGUGUCUCAUUGUAACUGCAUGGUGGAUCUCCUGGGGCGGGCAGGACGCUUGAUGGAAGCAAAGCUCUUCAUUGAUAACAUGGCAGUUGACCCUGAUGAAGCAACUUGGGGAGCCCUGCUUGGUUCUUGUAGAACUUAUGGUAACGUAGAGUUGGGCGAACUUGUUGCGAAAGAACGUCUGAAAUUGGAUCCGAAAAAUGCUGCUACCUAUGUUCUCCUUUCCAACAUCUAUGCUGAAGCUGGAAAGUGGGACAUGGUAUCAUGGGUGCGGACUAUGAUGCGCGAGAGAGGGAUUCGCAAGGAGCCAGGACGUAGCUGGAUCGAAGUCGAUAACAAGAUUCAUGAUUUUUUGGUAGCCGACUCAUCUCAUCCAGAAUGCAAGGAGAUAAAUGAAAGUAAGGACAAAGUGAUUGAAAAAAUAAAGGCUGAAGGGUACAUUCCUGAUACCCGGCUAGUGCUGAAGAACAAGAACAUGAAGGACAAAGAACUUGAUAUUUGCUCUCACAGUGAGAAGUUGGCAAUUGUGUAUGGGCUGAUGCAUACACCCCCUGGAAAUCCUAUUCGUGUAUUCAAGAACCUUCGGGUGUGCACCGAUUGUCAUGGAGCAACUAAGUUAAUCUCAAAGGUGGAGGGACGAGAGAUCAUAGUGAGGGAUGCUAAUCGGUUUCACCAUUUUAAAGAUGGCGUCUGCUCAUGUGGUGAUUACUGGUGAUGAGGUAUGGUGAGGGAUACUGGGGUCACGGAAACCUGUUGCAACCUACUUUAGAGAGUGAGUUGUUAAUGUACCAUGUUCCGACCAUGUUUUAAUGGAAGGUGACUCAAGUGUGAAAUCGUAGUGAUUUAGACAAAGGUUGAUAGUUUGCAUGUCUUCUUCUGAUUUUGGGACCGUUGCAGAACUCUGAUGUUUAGUUUGCUGCUAUUUCAUUUGCGGGUCGAUGGAAUCGUUUGUUGGAUAAUCUUCAUCAUGGCUGCUAAGAUCGAUGAUGUGGCAUUCGCUCCACCUGGUGUGAAAGGAACACACAAUACAUUGAUUCCUCCAAGGCACGUGGCCAGAAUGGGCACCAGCGGAUUUUGACGGUCAUUUCCAUCAGUGUGGAACAUGCAAACACUCCAGAAAGAACCUAUUCAACGAAGUGGAGCUUCAUGAUGCAGGAAACACGGUUAAACAGCGUGGGUUCAUUGGCAUUUGUGCGUUGAAGGUGAGAUCACCAUGCAUAGCCCCAUAGAUAGGAUCCUCGGAGAAUACCUGAAAUCAGAGAAGUUGUUACCUGAGAUCAGUUGGGUGCAACUGAGGGCAAGACAGAAGCGCUCGUGAAUUGGCUCAUAGGUGAACUAGAGACAAGAGGUGUGCUAUAAUUCAAAAAGAAGAGUUAUUUUUUGACAAUAAUAAAAAUGUAAAAAGCUUGUGUCAUUGCAUAUUACAUCUUCUCUAGAAAAUGUCUUUAUAUUUGAAAAGUAUCAAAAUCUAAAAGAAAAGGAAAUGAUAGAGAGCAUUUUUUCUAUAAGAUGGGAGAGGGGUGUAAGCCAAAAAAUUUGACUCACAGUAUAGUUAGAGUAAAUAGUACAACGAAAUGAUAGAAUUAUAGAAAAGCAUAUUUCGGUAUAGUUAAAUAGGAUAAAUUAUAAGAAAAAAUGUUUAUUUUGAUAUUAAUAAUUAAUUAUAAUUGAAUUAUGAUAUUAAAUACUUUUAUGAGCCCAAAAUUUGAGUAGAUAGAAUUAUUUAGAAUAUAACUAUUGUAUUAGAUUAAAAAAUAGAAAAUAUUAAAUAAUGAUUGCAUGUAAUAUAAAUUUUCAAUAUAAUGUGAAUGUAGGAUUAGUAGUAGGUGAUAAUUAGUGAUAGUAUUAAUGGUUACUAAGAUAAUACAAUUGACGAUUGUUUUUUGUGGUUUUUUUGUAAAUUUAAUAUCAAAGAAUGUGGAAAAAAAUGUGAAAAUGUUGGUCAUAUUGAUUAGAAGGUUUUGAAGGAGAAAAAUUAGGCUCUCUAGAUAUUUAGGGAUUAAAAUAAAAUAAUUCAAAUUAAAAAAUUUAAGCAUAGUAUCCUAAUGUGGAUUUGAGAAGGAGAUAACCUUGAAAAAGGUCUUUAAGAAUCCUUAUUAAGGGUGUAUUUAGGAUUUUAAAAAAAAUUUAAAGGGCAGUUGUUUAGAUUUACAGGUGGUGGAUUUUGAACCCACAACCUCAUGCAUAGGGACGGAUGGCAUAGCCAACUGGUUGCAGCACAAGGUAAAAACCCUGCAGUGCUAUGGCCUGUGGCCCCACAGCAUGCAAUGUAGUGUAGGCAGGCUGGCUGGGUGUUGAGCACAUGAGGUUGUAGGCCGGCAGUGAAAAAAAAAGAUCGUGAGGCUAGCGAGGCCGAACGAUAGCGUGCAAUGGAGCAUCGAGGUCGAGUGAAAAAGUGAAUGGUAGUGUGCAACGGAGCAUUGAGGCCGAAUGAAGGAGUAUUGAGGACAAGCGAUGCGAGUAAAAGUACAUCAGAACAGUGUUAAUGUCAUAUGAGGCAAGUCGUCAAGGUUGGCCAAGGAAUGUCGAGGUCGAACGGAGGCUGGCCAUGGAGCAUCGAAGUAGGUGGAGUUAUCUUUUUGCUGUUGGGAGUUGGUAAAUCCUAUUGUGAAGGUGAGUACGAAUAAGAGAAGGAGUUGAAGUUGGCAUUGAAGAGAAGCAUUUAGCUGGAGCCUUAUUGGAAGGAGUUUAUUAGGAGAUAAAUUGCUAAAUCCAUUUUGGAUGAUUAGAUAAAAAAAAUCUUAAAAUUUGCACCUUCAACCAAAAUUCUAAUCCCAAAAAAAAACUUUAUUCUAACUCAAUUAGUUAAUUGGGAUUAGUAUUAGAUAGAAUUUAUAUAUGAACAAAAAAGUUGUAUGUGUUAAUUUGCAAAUAACAUGGAGAUUGUAUUAAA